CGAAACCCCCAAGCACAAGCUAUUCCUCACACACCCUUUUUUUCGAAUUUCGAUUUUGACUGGGAUUAGUUCCACACUUCCCACGUACCAUACUUUCCUUUCUACAUAAACCAAGAUUUCUCUCUCUCUCGCCUCUUCUUCUAAAUUUUCAUUUUUUACGUAGUAUAAGCCGAAGAGGUUCAAGCUAUUCCUCUUCUUAAUUUUUUCUUUUCCUUUUUUUUUUUUUUGGUUUAUUUUUUUUUCUUUUUUUUUUUUUAAGGCUUUCUCUGUGGGCGAUCAACCCCCUUUACUAGGUUCCUUUUUUCUUCCCUGGAGAUUUUCUCACUAUUUUCUUGCUUAUCUUCCCGAGAAAAUCACGAAAGUAGAACAGUAUGAAGAGAAUAAGAGAUGAUGUUUACGCUGGUGCUCAAUUUAAACGUCCCUUUGGGUCUUCGCGUGGAGACUCCUAUGGGAAUUCCUCAAUCCCUGGAGGAGGAGGUGGAGGUAGCAGUUUAGGAGGAGGAGGAGGAGGAGGAGGAGGGGCUAGUGGAGGUGGAGGAGGUGCGGCUGGGGCAGGAGGAGGUGCUUCACAGAAACUGACAACUAAUGAUGCCUUGACCUAUCUCAAAGAAGUGAAAGACAUGUUUCAGGACCAAAGGGAAAAAUAUGACAUGUUUCUUGAGGUCAUGAAAGAUUUCAAGGCUCAAAGAACUGAUACUGCAGGUGUCAUUGCAAGAGUGAAGGAUUUGUUUAAAGGGCAUAGCAACCUAAUUUUGGGAUUUAAUACCUUCUUGCCAAAAGGUUAUGAGAUAACAAUCGAUGAGGAUGAGACACCACCAAAAAAGACAGUUGAAUUUGAAGAAGCUAUCAGUUUUGUAAACAAGAUAAAGAAACGAUUCCAAAACAAUGAACAUGUGUACAAAUCCUUCUUAGACGUUUUGAAUAUGUAUAGAAAGGAGCACAAGGACAUAAAUGAGGUCUACAGUGAGGUUGCAUCUCUAUUUGAUGAUCAUCCAGACUUGCUUGAUGAAUUUACAAGAUUUUUACCUGAUACUUCUGCAACACCUUCAACACAUCUUGUUGGAUAUGGCCGUGCUUCAUUUCCGCGUAUCAGUGAGCGGGCCUCUGGUACACCCACAUUGCGUCAAAUGCAUAUGGACAAGCCACGUAGACGGGAUAGGAUUAUUGUCUCCCAUGCUGAUCGUGAUAUGAGCGUUGACCGUGCCGAGCUUGAUGAAGAUAAAGCAACGAAAAUGCAUAAGGAGCACCGGAAGCGUGCUGAAAAGGAGAAUAGGGAUAGGAAAGUUCGGGAUCAUGACGAUAGAGAACCUGAUAACAACAGAGACUUCAAUUUGCAGCGUUUUGACAAAAAAAAAUCUUCCAAAAAAGCUGAAGGAUUUGGAGUGAAUGCUAAUUUUACUGCUUAUGAUGACAAAGACACGUUGAAGAGCAUGUAUAACCAGGGAUUCAUUUUCUGUGAGAAAGUCAAGGAGAGAUUGUGCAGUCCAGAUGACUACCAGGCAUUCUUGAAGUGCCUUAAUAUCUAUAGCAAUGGAAUAAUUAAAAGGAAUGAUUUACAAAAUCUGGUGACUGAUUUACUGGGAAAGUUUCCAGAUCUUAUGGAGGAGUUCAAUGAUUUCUUGGAGCGUUGUGAGAAUAUAGAUGGAUUCCUUGCUGGUGUUAUGAGUAGAAAAUCUAUGUGUAGUGACAGUCACCUAACCAGAUCACUGAAAGUAGAGGAGAAAGAUAAAGAGACAAAGCGUGAAAUAGAGGGGAGUAAAGAGAAGGAAAGAUACAGAGAGAAGUAUAUGGCAAAAUCCAUUCAAGAGCUUGAUCUCUCUAGCUGUCAACAAUGUACCCCAAGCUACCGGCUUUUGCCUGAGGAUUAUCCAAUACCUUCAGUAAGCCAGAGAUCGGAGCUUGGUGCACAAGUUUUGAAUGACCACUGGGUAUCUGUAACUUCAGGAAGUGAGGAUUACUCCUUUAAACACAUGCGCAGAAAUCAAUAUGAAGAAAGUCUGUUCAGAUGUGAAGAUGAUAGGUUUGAACUGGAUAUGUUGUUAGAGUCUGUGAGCGCAACUGCUAAGCAGGUAGAAGAACUAUUCGACUUCAUUACCUUAAAUGAGAUCAGUCCAGACACUCCACAUCUUAUUGAAGAUCAUUUCACUGCUCUAAAUUUAAGGUGCAUUGAACGUUUAUAUGGUGAUCAUGGUCUGGAUGUGAUGGACAUAUUAUGUAAGAAUCCAUCUUUGGCGUUGCCUGUCAUAUUAACACGCCUGAAGCAAAAACAAGAGGAGUGGACAAGGUGUCGUUCAGAUUUUAACAAGGUUUGGGCUGAAAUAUAUGCUAAAAACCACUUCAAAUCACUUGAUCAUCGCAGCUUCUAUUUCAAGCAACAAGAUUCAAAGAACUUAAGCAGCAAAUCUUUGGUGACUGAGAUCAAGGAGCUGAAAGAGCAAAAGCAGAAAGAGAAUGGUUUUCUUUUCACUGUUGCUGCUGGAAACAGACAAUCUAUUGCUCCACAUCUAGAGUAUGAAUACACGGACAUGAGCAUUCAUGAAGACUUGUAUAAGCUUGUUCGGUUUUCAUGCGGAGAAGUAUGCUCUACAAAAGAACAGUUAAAUAAAGUUAUGAAACUUUAUACUUCAUUUUUGGAGCCAAUGUUAGGUGUAUCUUCUCAGCUUCACGGUUCAGAGGCUAACAAAGAUGAAAAAGUUAAGAAUCAUGCUAUAAAUUGUAGUGCAUCAAGCGUAGGUGAAAGUGAUGGAAGUCCUGGUGGUGAUGCUACUGUUGCCAAUUUUACAGAACUGAAAUCUGUGAAAUGUGAGGAUGGAAAUACUUUACCAGAAUUGGUGAAUUUCUGUCAAUCUACUUUGGCAAAUGGAGACACCUUAGCUAAAGAAAAUAGUUCUCUUGAUUUGGAUCAUGUCUGUAGAGAUGAUCCAAUUUCUAAUACUCUUCAACUAGAGAACGACCAAAAAAAUAGAGAUGUGGCUGAUAAAAUGUCUGGAUUCAAUAAACAAGUUGCCUUUGCUGGUCAAGUUGGCAAUUCAAAUGCAUCAGUUGCAACUGGAGCAGAAAAUGGUCCCAGCAGAACCAGUGUUGAAGGGACAUCAGGUUGUGGUGCAACUCUGUCCAUGCCCAAUGACACAAUAAGUGAAGGUGACAAUUUACGCAAAGCUAAUAUUGAUGCUAUACCUUCAUCUGAGGGUGGUGGGGCCGCAAAACCUGCUUUAUUGGCAAAUGGAGAUUCUAGUAUAUCUCAGGAAGGACCUGUUGAACCCACCAAAAUUGAAAAAGAAGAGGGUGAGUUAUCACCUACUGGUGAUUUUGAAGAGGAUAAUUUUGGUGUCCCUGGAGAUGCUGGAAUGCGGGCUGUUCCUAAGGCAAACCAUGAUGUUGAAAGUAGGCAAAAUCAAUCUGGCAAUGGGGAAGAGUUUUGUUGUCAAGAGGCUGGAGUAGAAAAUGAUGCUGAUGCUGAUGAUGAGAACAGUGAAAAUGUUUCUGAGGCGGGUGAAGAUGUCUCAGGAAGUGAAUCAGCCGGUGAUGAGUGCUCAAGGGGAGAGCAUGGAGAAGAGGAGGAUGCUGAGCAUGAUGAAGUUGAUGGUAAGGCUGAGAGUGAAGGUGAGGCUGAGGGGAUGACUGAUGCACAUUUUACUGGAGGAGAUAGCAUGGCCUUGCCACCAUCAGAACGUCAUCUUUUGUCUGUGAGGCCUCUUGCAAAGCAUGUCUCGGUUACUUUGCUUGAGGGAAGGAAAGAGGCUCGGGUUUUUUAUGGAAAUGAUGAUUUCUAUGUGCUUUUUAGGCUUCAUCAAAUUCUUUAUGAAAGGAUUCUAUCAGCAAAAAUGAAUUCAACUGGUGCAGAAAUGAAGUGGAAAACCUCAAAAGAUGAUACUUCUCCAGAUCUAUAUGGCAGAUUUAUGAGUGGGCUAUACAAUUUGCUUGAUGGGAGUUCUGAUAAUGCAAGAUUUGAGGAUGACUGUCGAGCUAUUAUUGGGAAUCAGUCAUAUGUUCUGUUCACAUUGGACAAAUUGAUAUAUAAACUGGUCAAACAGCUUCAAACUGUGGCAUCUGACGAAAUGGACAAUAAGCUUCUUCAAUUGUAUGAGUAUGAAGAAUCCCGGAAAGCUGGAAAGUUAAUUGAUGCAGUGUAUUAUGAAAAUGCACGUGUACUUCUUCAUGAGGAAAAUAUUUAUAGAUUAGAAUGUUCCUCUGCCCCCUGUCGGCUGUCUAUUCAAUUGAUGGACAAUGUGAGCGAAAAGCCUGAGGUGUAUGCAAUUUCAAUGGAUCCUAAUUUUGCAGCUUAUCUACACAAUGAUUUUUUAUCAGGCUUUCCUGGCAAAAAGGAGCCACAUGGCAUUACUUUGCAGAGAAACAAGCGCAGAUAUGCAUGCUUAGAUGAAUUUUCAGCCAUCGCCAUUGCCAUGGAAGGUGUGGAAGUAGUCAAUGGUUUAGAGUGCAAGAUAGCUUGCAACUCAUCCAAGAUCUCUUAUGUGCUGGACACAGAAGAUUUCUUCUUUCGGUUGAGAAGAAAAAGGGCAAAGUCAUUGGGAGGCAGAUCAUCGUAUCAUAAUCAGACUAGAACACAACGCUUCCACAAAUUCUUAUCAUCGGCCUCGUGAUAAUUUAAGCAUUUCAAAUUUCUAAGGCGGUGAUGCUGAAGGGUGGUUGUUCUGUACAGAGAAGCAACAAAUCUUGGGAGCUAGUUUUAUCACUCUUGUUCCCAAACAUUCUAUAGAAGUAUUUAAAAGAAUGGCAAACUACAUGCUUUUGGACAUGAUGAAAAAACAAAAGCUCCCAGAAAGGUUGCUAGAGGGGACGUCUUGUAUUGUGUUAUAACUGGGGAUAAAAGAUAAAAAGAGCCUUGACGUCGUUUGCUGUUAGGUCAUAUUAAUGGCUGCUAAGGCCAUUGCUGUGUAUAUUAUAUUUUUAUGUAUGAUAUUUUUGUAGAAAAUGAGUUUCUAUUUAGUUAUUGAUGUUCACGUUUAUAGGAAAUCUAAAUCAUUAUUAUUAUUAUUAUU